AUGACCAUGCAGUGGCUCCAAAAGGUUCUGAUCCUUGCCUUGGCCCUAUCAAGUCCAACUACAUGCCAAAAAAGAAAGGGGAAAGGACAAAGAGAUGAUUACCAGGUCAUCAUUAAUGAGGCCAAAAAGUCUAAGCCUACUGUGUUGUUGCUCUACCCUCAUCCCUCAGCCCUCAUCUGCCCAGUGGAGAUCAUGUUCAUCGUGGACAGCUCAGAGAGGGCCAAAUCGCUGCUCUUUGAGCGGCAGAAAGACUUUGUCCUGCGCUUCAGCACGAAGCUCCUGCAGCUGCAGUCUGCCGGCUGGCGGCUGCGUCUGCGCCUGGCCGCCCUGCAGUACAGCAGCACCGUGUCCGUGGAGCACAACUUCAGGGACUGGCAGGACCUGGACGUCUUCCAGAGCCGCGUGGCCUCCAUGGCCUUCAUCGGCCACGGCACUUUCACCGCCUACGCCAUCACCAACUCCACCCGGGUGUUUGGCCGCGAGACGUCCUCCAGCAGCCUGAGGGUGGCGCUGUUGAUGACGGAUGGAGCGGACCAUCCACGCAGCCCCAGCGCUGUGACAGCUGCCUCCGAGGCCAAGCGGCUCAACAUCAGGGUGUUUGCCAUCGGGCUGUCGGACCCCCAGAGCGACAGCUCCCUGAGUACGAGGCUAAGAUCCAUAGCCAGCGGCCCCCCCCAGCAGCACGUCCUCAGCCUCGCUGACAGCCAGCUGGAUGACACACUCUUCAAUGAACUGGUCAGUUGUGUCUGUGUCAGGGCUGACACAGUAUGCCCUCCGCCAAAGAACUGUCUGUGUGAGCGGGGGGACAGGGGUCACCCUGGAAGCACGGGGAAACCAGGCGAGCCGGGGUUUGAUCGAGCUUCGGGUCCAAAGGGAUCUCGUGGGGAACCUGGCAUUAACGGACGUCCAGGAAUAAAGGGCCUUGAGGGUCGCCCGGGCAGCAAAGGGGAAAAGGGAGAACAGGGGGAAUGUGGUGCCACUGGUAAACAGGGAGAACAGGGUAAAGAUGGACCCCCUGGCCCUAGAGGCCCUAGAGGAGAGCAGGGAGCCAGGGGAGGACCUGGAGAUCAAGGUCCUGAAGGGACAUCUGGACCUAAAGGUGAACGAGGACUGAGAGGUGCAUCUGGACCUCCAGGAGAUAGCGGCAUUGGGUUCCCUGGUCCCAAGGGUGACAGGGGGAACCAAGGAAGACCAGGUCCUCCUGGACCAAUGGGUAUUGGGGAACCAGGAGCAGCAGGUCCAGCAGGGCCACCAGGGAUGCAAGGAUCACCAGGGUUUCCAGGUGAGGGUGUUCCAGGAUCCAAGGGUGACCGGGGGUAUGAGGGUCCAAAGGGCGGCCGUGGACCUCCAGGACUUGGGAACAAAGGUGAUAAGGGAAACACAGGAGCCCCCGGGCUGCCUGGCUUGGUGGGAUUCCCUGGGGCAGGAGUGCAAGGAGAAAAGGGGGAGCUAGGUCCAGCUGGGCCUUCUGGUCCCAGAGGACCUCCUGGAUUGGGAAUAGUUGGAUCAAAGGGUGACCAGGGUUUUCCCGGAGAGCCCGGACCUCAGGGAGAGAGGGGUGUAGGUGAAAAAGGGCCGAAGGGGGAUCCAGGGCCUGAUGGUGCUGCUGGGAUACCAGGCAUUCCUGGUGAGGACGGAGCUGCUGGACCAAAGGGAGAGAUGGGGUUGCCAGGUCUGCGGGGCCUAGAGGGAGCACAAGGAAAAGGCAUCCAUGGAGAAAAGGGAGAUAGAGGGGACCGAGGGCCAAGGGGACUUUCAGGGUCUCCGGGACCCGUUGGACCUGCUGGAGCUAAGGGAGAGCCGGGGAGUCCGGGAACGAUGGGCCUACCUGGAAUGGCUGGGCGUGGCUUAUCGGGAGCAAAGGGAGAUCCUGGUCCCAUUGGACCAGCUGGACCUGUUGGAGAACCCGGUGUAGGAAUCAUUGGGCCGAAGGGUAGCAAAGGAAAUACUGGCCUUGUGGGCCCACCAGGAAUGAAGGGGGAUGGCUUCCCAGGACCACAGGGGCUGCCUGGAUUACCAGGACUGCAAGGAGAAAUGGGACCGGAAGGGAAAGGUCUGCCUGGACCCAAGGGUGACAGAGGCUUGUCGGGUGUGCCGGGGCCCUCUGGUCCUCCAGGAAUUGGACUUUAUGGACCAAAGGGCUCUACAGGGCAGCCUGGUCCACCAGGCCUGCUAGGGCCUCAUGGAGAGGGCAUCCAGGGACCAAAGGGAGAACCUGGGUUUCAGGGGCCAAUGGGUCCUCGGGGACCACCAGGGGACAGUUUUCCAGGAGAGAAGGGUAACAGAGGAAAACCUGGAGUUCGGGGAAAGAAAGGAGACAGUGGAAAUUAUGGGAAACCAGGAUCUACUGGACCUAUGGGGAGACCUGGAGAAAAGGGAGAACGAGGACUGACAAGAGAAGAAGUGGUCAGGAUUAUAAGAGAAAUAUGUGGUUGUGGUCUCAAAUGCAGAGAAAGCCCUCUGGAGCUGGUGUUCGUCAUAGACAGCUCUGAGAAUGUGGGACCAGAAAACUUUGAGUUGGUGAAGGACUUUGUGAACGCGCUUAUCGACGAAGUGCGAAUCAGCCGAGAAGCCUGUCGGGUCGGCGUGGUGCUGUACAGCCACAUGGACAUGGUGGUAGUCAGUCUGCAGCAGCAGUCCACCCAGGACGACGUCAAGGCUGCCGUCCGGGACAUGCCAUACCUUGGCGGGGGCUCCUUAACGGGCAGCGGCAUCCAUCGAGCCAACCAGCUGUUCCGGGCCUCGCGUCCCGGCGUGAGGAAGGUGGCUGUGGUUUUAAUGGACGGGCAGGCUGACCCCCGGGACGUCAUGCUGUUUGAAGAGACGGCAACGAACGCUCACGCAGAGGGGGUUGAGAUGUUUGUAAUAGGAGUCGUCAACAGGACCGACCGUCUCUAUGAAGGGUUCCGGGCUCAGGUGGACGUCAUUGCCUCCGAUCCUGACGAACAGCAUGUCUACAUCAUAGAUGACUUCAGGGCACUUCCUACUCUGGAAGGCAAAAUACUGAGUAGCAUUUGUGAGCAGGAUGACAGAAUGACAUCUCUACAGAACUCCCCUUCUCCACCUGUGGAAAUACACCCAGAGCUUCUAGGAGAAGGCCGCUCCGGAGAGUUCCCAAUUGAGGGAAAGAUCCAACUUGAACUCCCAGUGGAGACACCAACCAACCUGAGUCCACAGUCCCAUGUGUCAGGUAGGGCCGACGAGAGCCUGGUUGAUACUAACCUGUUGGUGGAGGCCUGGGAGGAGCUGCCCGACGUCCUGUUUGCCUCCCCAGGGGGCCCCAGGCUGACCUCAAUAGAGGGGCCUCACAUGUCGACUGGCCAGCUGCACCAGACUGAGAUCAAACUGGAUCCGGUCAGCUCUCAUCCAAUCACGACUGACUCAACGCUGACAGGUGAGGGGUGCAGUCAGACUCUGGACCCGGGUCCCUGUCGGGAGUACGUGGUUAAGUGGUACUACGACCCAGAGGCCAACGCCUGCGCUCAGUUCUGGUACGGUGGUUGUCAGGGCAACGCCAACAACUUUGAGACCGAAGCCAGCUGCAGGAGCUCCUGUGUCUACACGUAAAGACGCUGUGCUCGGGGAAAGUGGUGCGUGUCUGACCAACAUGCUCCAUCACCGUCUCCCAGGGACGGAACCACCCCCCCUUUUGAGGACUGCUGCAGGUCAUGACGUCAUAGAGAGCAGGCGUGGACCUCCUAAUAGACUUCCAGGCUACGUUCACACUGCCGGUGCUCCUCCUUCAUUUUGAACUGCUGCACAUGUAUCUGCUCUGAGACGUAAACGCACUGGUUCAACAUGCCCCCCUGAUGCCCUUUCAUUUGGUUGUCAUCUACAAACUUAGUAAGCCAUCCUGUCGACCCGUGUUUCAGCUCUGAGCAUGUUCACCUGAAAGCCACCACAGCCUCUGUACCAUGAGACAGAAACGGAACAUGAACCUCAAGGCAAGGUACACUAAAUACUUGGA